AUGUCCUCUCUAUCUGAUCCGACCUUUUCUACUUACGAUCAACACAAAGCUCAGCGAUAUGCCGAGUCUCGUCUAUCCUACUCAGCCCGACUUUACAACACCAUCAUCGACUACCAUAUCAAGUCCCACGGCCAGACGAUCACCUUAGUGGAUGUCGGCUGUGGGCCGGGCAAUGCUACUCGUGAUUUGGCUAGACGGUUCGAUCAUGCUGUCGGUCUAGAUCCGAGCGUGGAAAUGAUCAACAGGGCCAUUCAGCUCGGUGGCCGUACAAAGAGUGACCGGCAGCUAAGAUAUGUGGUGUCUACUGCUGAUGAAAUAUCACAUGGCAUCACGGAGGCAUUGCCGGUCGUCAAGGAUUUUGGAGGCGUGGAUUUGUUGACCGCGGCGAUGGCAGUGAGUGUUGACCAGCACGUACCACUUCCUGAUUGA